AGCAAAGAUGGCGCGGAGCUGUUGGCGGUGCCGAGGAGCGAGCGGAGCUGAGCUUCGAUUCUAAACCGUUCGGGGCCGAAGCAGGAAUAAUGCGAGUGUGAAAUGUGUUCCGCCCCGACCGCCUGGAUGACAACGUCAACUGCUCCCUCUGUGCGUACGAGGAGUGAGGAGCUCCGGGGCUGCAGUGAGAAACACCUCCAUAAACAUUUCUUUAGGACUCGCAGUUGUUGAGGUGUUUUUUUUUCGUCGUCGUCCCCCCUCACCACCCCCACCCCCUCUCCUCCUCCUCCUCCUCCCCAGGGGGAAAGUUGUGGAAAAACAAGUCAGUCGGUCGAGACAGACAGACAGACAGACAGACAAACACACACGCACUGCACCCGCCGCUCGCGAGGAGAUGGCGGACUCGCAGAAGCGGCCCCGCGCCGGCCAAGCGCUUCUUCGCUCGCACCAAGUGGCCCGACUCGGGGAGGAGCACCGCAAGGUAGUCUCAAGCUGCAACGAAAAAAUUCAGCACUGGAAUAAGGUGCAGAGUGACUAUGAAGCACUUCAAGAAAGACUAAAGACUUUGCCUGACAAACUGUCCUAUGAUGUUAUGGUGCCAUUUGGUCCACUUGCAUUUAUGCCUGGACAGCUAGUGCAUACAAAUGAAGUCACUGUGUUACUGGGUGACAACUGGUUUGCAAAGUGUUCUGCAAAGCAAGCUUCCGAUCUGGUAGAGCACAGGAAAAAGCAUGUGCAAAAAGCACUAGAUGAUUUGCAGAAAGUAGUGAAGAACUUUGAAUCUAGGGUCAAGUUCACUGAAGAUCUCCAGAAUGUGGCUGAUGAAAGGAAAGAUAUUGUAGAAAUACAUGAGGAAAUUCAGAAUGAAGAUCUCAAACAUGAAGACCCAAGUUCAGCAGGAAAAUGCAGAAAGGCUCAUAAGCCAACAGCAAACCUUAUGCCCAAAGAUAUUUUUGUAGCAGAACUGGAAGACAGUAGAGAUGAUUGCAAGUCAAAAACAACUGUGCUUACUGAAGGGGAAUUGUGGGCCAGGCUGGAUGAACUGGAAAGACAGGAGAAGAUUCAGGAUGAAAUUGAUAGAAGGUCUGAUGCAGCUGAUGGAAAUAAUGGAGACAAUAGCUCUUCUGAGGACGAACAGAUGAAAAUUGUAAAGCCCAAGAUGGAUGGUGUACGUAAUAUGAACAAUCUUCCAAUUAAACAUGAAAAUACUGAUCAAGAAGAAACUGCAACGCUAAGUUUGCUUCCCACCCAGGAUAAUGGCUUAGAACACAGACUCAGUCAGGAGGCAAAUGUCAAUGAAGCCACUGGGGAUGAUGAUGAUGUGCCAACAAUACACUUUACACAUACGAUGGAACCCAAAAGGGUAAGGAUAAACACAGGCAGGAACACAACCCUGAAAUUCAGUGAGAAGAAGGAAGAGGCCAAACGUAAGAGGAGAAACAGCGAUAGCAAUGGCAAUGGAAACUCAAAUCCGGAACUGGCAAAUAUCAAAUCGCCUACAGAUAUUUAUCGAAUGUUUGUCGACGUUGUAAAUGGAGAAUACUUUCCUCGUAAAUCUAUUCUAAAGUCACGCAGCCGGGAAAACAGCGUUUGCAGUGACACAAGUGAGAGCAGCACAGCUGAGUUUGAAGAUAGGCGGUGCACCUUACGAUCACUGAGUUACGAGGAAGCAACAUACAGCGAUGCUAGCGAGUGCAGCGUUUUGGAGGAGGAAAAUCUUGCAAGUAAACCUCAUCCUUGUCCUGGUUUAUUUGAGGCAUUUUCAGGCACUGUAGUGGAAAAGGAACUUCUCUCGCCUUCAUUUAUUCCACAUCCUACUAUUGCUCAUCCCAUCCUACCCACAAUACCUGAGAAGAAAGUGUCUGAAGAGGACAGUGCAUCUGAAACUCCACUGGAGCCUCCAAAAAGGGUUUCAAAAUUCAAAGCUGCCAGGAUGCAGCAGAAAAUGUGAACUAUCCUUUGGAACAGUCUGUUUCAAGUUUUUGUGAUUGUAUUAAAAAUGGAUGGACAUGAUGUCUACAAAGUCCAGAUUAAGAUAGACAAAAACCCAUCACAAAUAUCUGUUUAAAAAGCAUUUUACAACACAGUGCAUUUAGUUGAAUCUUCCUGUUAAUCUUUGGUCAGUUAAGAAAAAAAAUAGAAAAAACCUUGGAACUUGAAUGGUUACACUAUGCAGCAUUUUCUAGCCAUAUUUAAGUUCUGAUAGUUGAGCCAUAAAGCACUUUUACACGAGUGCUCCUUUGUUUUCAUUAUAAAUUGUCAAAUUCAAUCUCUUAAGAUUAAUGAUUUAUUGUGCAGUCUAUUCAGCUUAGCUGUGUUUAUUCUAUUGAUGUAGCACAUAAAUCAAAACUUUUGCUUCUUUCCAUUUUCAAACUGUGAACUCAUCCAGAUUUGCAUACAUUUCUUCAACUCUUUGUAAAAAUGUUCACUGGAAAUUGACAAAACAGUAUUGUGCAUUUUUAAUAAACUUUUGCAUGUCAAAGCA